AUGAACCAACCUUUUACCAACCAACUAAUCUUUUCCCAUUUACUACAUCAGCCUUAACCAUUUACCCAGGAUUUUCCCUAUUAAAAUCCUCUAUAAACUUUUUAUUCAUAAUUUUAAGUAGCAUGCAAUUUCGCCCCAUUUCAUAACUAAUAGAGUUAGCCCUAUUUUUAAUUAUCCUUGCCAUUCAACAGACAUCAUGAUUAUGUCACUUAUUCAGAUUAGUCAACAUCCUCAUAAAAAACGACUAUGGCUAUGGCAAAUUCCAAAAAUAGUAAUAAAAUUCAGGAUCCCACUCUCAAACUUGUUUUGAACAAAUAAACGCUUCGUGAAUACAUACUUAUGGUUAUGGAUGAUGAUGAUCAAAUCCAUUAGAUUUCACAAAAUCUAAGAGAAAUCAACUAAGUUCAAUUAGCACAGACUUUAGAAAUCUUAGUAACAAAAUAAAAAUAGCAUCUCAAAAGUAGGGAAGAAUUAAUCAAGUUUUGUCUAAGAAAAGCAUUCAGGUUUAUAUUUUAGAAAAUAUCAGAAAGAAACAGCAUUUCAAAAACUAAUUUAAAAACUGCUAGGUAGGAAUUUUUAAAAAUCAUGGAGUAGGAAACACAUAUUCCAUUAGUAUUACCAUUUGGAAAGAACAGUAAAAACAAAACCAUGAAUAAUGAUUUUUUAAAAGAAGUAUUUUCUUCUCAAAUUUUUCAAAGUUUCUACAAAGAGUUUUUAGAUCAUUUAGAUGAUACUAUACAAGCAGACAGAAAGAAGAAGAUUAACAAACUACAGGACAAAAUUUGGUUGAGUUUAAGGGAAAAUAGAACCACGUCUAUUGACAUCAAACGACUUCCUUGGUCGCUGAAAAAUACAGAAAGAGUGAAAUCGAUAGCCUUUGAGUUGUUGACAUUUUCAGAAAAUCAUAACAAAUGAAAAAAAAUAUCCAUAUUCAUAUAAAUUAUCAUGC